AUGGAACCUAAUAAUAUAGCCAUGAAUGAUAUUACAAAAACACUUAUAUCUUCUCCAAAUUCAACUGCAGAAAAUGAUAGAAAUUCACCUGGAACACAGAAUGAAUCAUUUGGCGCUUUCUACGUUUACCUUAGCCUUUCUAUUAUAUUAUUUUUUGCUUUUUUACAACUUUUUUCAGAUUCUAUUGUAAAGAAAAUGCAAGAACAAUUUUGUGAAUCAAUGAUGCUAGAAGGAAAGAAUGAAGAUGAGGUGAAUGAUAAAGAGAUAGAAGAAGAAAUGAAAAGAGAAGAAAACAAGAAGGAAGCAGGAUGUAAUAUAAAAGAGGAAUGGAUAAAGAAUGAAAGAAGUAAAUGGAUGAGACAAUUAGAAAAUGAUUGGAAGGAAUGGAUGGUUGAGAUAGAAAAGGAGAAAAGCAAUUGGAUUAUAGAAAGGGAGAGUGAAUGGAACGAAUGGAUAAAAAAUGAGGAAAAAAAGUGGAUUAAUUGGAAUAAAAGAAUGGAGGACGUAUUUGCACAUAAUGAGUGGGAAGAAUGUAUGGGAUGGGGUAGAAAUGAGUGGAUAAAAUGGAUGGAAGAAAAAUGGAUGGAGUUCAUGAUAGGAAAUUUUAAGGAAUGGAUAAAAUCAAGUGAAGAUUUUAUGUUAAAUUUGAAGAACACUAAAUGGAAAAAUUGGAAAGAUAAAAAAUUAAUAGAGUGGCUUAUGAAGGAUUGGAAACAGAAGGAAGAUGAUUAUUGGAAUAAUUGGGAAAAAAAAAAAUGGAAAAGGUGGAUUCUGAUAAAAGAGAGAAAAAAAUGGAUGAAGUGGAAGGAAAGAAUAUAUAUGGAAAAAGCAGAAUGGAAAAAUUGGAUAGAGUUAAAGGAGGAAGAGAUGAAUAAUCAGGAAAAGUGGUGGGCUUGGAUAAAAUGGAAGAAGGAGAAAUUGGUGUAUUUGAAGAAUUGGAUGAAGUUGAUUGAAAAGCAAUGGAUUAAAGAGGAAAGAUGGAAAGAAUGGAUGAAUAAAAGGGAAAAUAUGAAUAAAGAAAAAAGUAAUGGAAAUGAAAUUAAUGAAGAAUAA